AAGAAAAUAGUUUUAGUUGUACCGUGCAUAAAUUAUAACAGAAUGUACCUACAAAAUUGCCAAAAAAAAAUACAACUAUUACAGUUACAUGACGUGAUGCCAUGCACAAAAACUCCAUUCCUAGUUUUAUUUGGUCAUUAGCACUUCCAUCAACAUUCACCAAAAUUAAAAUAAAAACAAAAACAAAUCCCCUUCACUAUCUAGACGUAUAAGUAGUUAGCUACAAAGCUAAUUUUAACCUAAACGUGUCAAAGAGAUCAAUUGAUCGGAACCCCAUAUUGUCAUCUGAAAUUAUGGCUUUUACCAAGCUUAGCCAACAAACUAUUACUUCCACCAACAACACUUCAUCAAAACGAUCUAGACCCCUAAUUCUCUUUCUUCUCUUCCUUGUCACCUUCAUCCUUCUCCUCCUUAGUACCGCGUUCUUCCCUAAUCCUCAGCUUGUUGAUGUCAUCCAUCUACAGGCACAGUCUCAAUCCCAUGGAUCAAUCUUUUACUCAAAAAAGGUUGAACGACCACCUAAAUGGCUAAAAGUCAUUUUGGAGGACCGUUUAACACGUCACAAAACCCUUAAGGUGGGUUUGAUCAACUUCAAACAUUCAGAGCGGUCCCACCUUAAAUUAGGUGGGACUGUAUCAGAGGUUGUAGUCAUAAAUGUUGAGCUUGUCUCAUCCAAUAUAACAUGGGAAAAGCUAUUCCCAGAGUGGAUAGAUGAGACGAAUCCUAAAGGUUGGUGCCCGGAUAUCCCCAUGCCAGAUCCGGGGGAGUACCCCAGGCUCGACGUGGUGGUGGCGCGGUUGCCAUGCGUGGAAGAAAGGGAAGAAAUCGACGAUAAUGGGAAUCGUAGGAAGGCGGGGAUAAGAGACGUGCAUAGGCUACAGAUAAGCCUAGCAACGGCUCAUCUAGUAGUCGAGAGUAGCCAAGAGAAGGAUGUUUACGCGGUGUUUGUUGCAAAAUGCGAGCCGAUGUUGGAGCUAUAUAGGUGUGAUGAUUUGAUAUGGCAUAGAGGGGAGUAUUGGGUGUAUAAACCUAAUGUAGAGAAGUUGAGGGAGUUGGUUAGGAUGCCUGUGGGAAGCUGUGCCCUUGCUCAUCCUCAUGCUGGCAAUUCAGGUAGUAGUAGACAGUUGCAAGCUAACGCAAACCAAUUACCCCACGAGCUUCAAAUUUCAGCAAGAUCACCAAGAGAAGCCUAUGUAACGAUCCUUCACUCGACCGAAGACUACGUUUGUGGAGCCAUAGCUCUAGCUCAAAGCAUCCUCCAAACUAACACCACCAAAGACCUAAUUCUCUUAGCAGACCACACCAUUUCUCAUCACUCCAUUUUAGGGCUUAAAACCGCGGGUUGGAAGAUAAAGAGAAUUGAUCGAAUCAAAAGUCCAAAUGCCAAGUUCGAUGCCUAUAACAAAUGGAAUUAUAGCAAGCUAAGGAUAUGGCAAUUAAUCGAGUAUGACAAACUCAUCUUCAUCGACUCUGAUUUCAUUGUCCUUACCAACAUUGAUCGUUUCUUCAACUACCCACAGCUCUCGGCUUCUCCUAACGAUAAGUGGCUCUUCAACUCCGGAAUCAUGCUCUUAGAACCAUCUAAGUGUUUCUUUGACAACCUUAUGAGAAAACGUUACACCUUCAAGUCUUACAACGGGGGAGACCAGGGGUAUUUAAACGAGGUCUUGACCUGGUGGCACAGACUGACACUGAAGUUGAAUUUUAUGAAGUUUUUUGACAAAGAAGGCGGUGGAGGGGACCGAGUUGUGCCUAGGGAUCGAUACACGGUCCAUUUCUUAGGGACAAAGCCGUGGUUAUGUUAUAGAGAUUAUGAUUGUAAUUGGGAUAGACAGGAUUAUCACGUGUUUGCGAGUGAUGAUGCACACGCCAAGUGGUGGCGAGUGUAUGACGAAAUGCCAAAGGAUUUGCAAAAGUAUUGUGGGAUGACAAGGAAACAAGAUAGAGGUGUACGUAAUAGGAAAGAAAGGGCUCAAAUGGCUAAUCUUUCUGAUGAGCAUUGGAAAAUUGAGCUUAAGGAUCCUAGACAAUAUCAUUUGGUAGCCUAAUAAUUAACCAACGUAGUUCCACUUGUAAGUUGUAUUUGUUUUCAUUUAUACUUCGAUUUUUAAUACUUACAUUUCAUAUAAACCUUCAAUUGUAAGCCAAAUAUGAAUUGCCCUCUCACACGAGGGAGUAGAAAGAACACUGUUAAUUAAGAAAUGUAAAUAGAAACUCCCAACAAUAAAAAGGACAAGUAAACCUAAUAUUCAGCUUUAUUGGACAAUUGAGGCGAUUUUCGACAUCGGCAAGAGUUUUAAGAAUUGCACUAUCAACAAAGUGCAUCGCGAUCAGUUUAAGUCAGCUCACGAUCUGGUAAAGAGGGUAUCUAAGGAUGGUAUGCAGUUUGUUUUAGCGAGUGGUGUUGGUUUUACUGGUUAAUUUGUUUUUCUUUGUGUUUUUACUUAGUAACUUUGUAACUUUAUCCAAUGUGAAAAAAGGGACAAGUAACACGUACUAUUUGUUGUCAUA